AUGGAUUUCCUCAAAUCAGCCGUCGCGUCCGCCAUCGCCAAGGGUAGCUCAUUUCCCUUCUCGCUAGGUGAUCGAGUCGACAUCGGCGACUCCAUCUGGACGCUGCAUAACGGUACGAAACGGGAUGAUGGUCAGGCAUGCAGUGUCUUUACGUUUGAUAUCGCGGCGAACAAGUCGCGUCUUCAGCUCGCUAAAAAUGCUGUACGCAAGUCGCGCACGCUUCGCCAUCCCGGCGUGAUCAAAGUUCUGGAUACGAUUGAGACGGAAUCGAAUCUGUAUAUCGUUACUGAGCGUGUUGCCCCUCUCGACUGGCAGGUCAGGCGCCGGAGUAUUAGUGAGGAGACCGCGAAAUGGGGUUUGUAUACUGUUUCGUCUACCCUCAAGUUUAUCAACGAAGAUGCAUCCUCGGUCCAUGGUGCCGUGCGUGCGUCGUCUGUUUAUACAAGUGAAAGUGGCGAGUGGAAGCUAGGUGGCUUUGAUAUCUUGAGUUCGAUGAAGGAGGAUGAUGCCAUUAUAUAUACAUACGGCAGCCUUGUCCCAGAUGCAGCUCGUUAUACGCCUCCGGAAAUUGUCAAGGGCGGCUGGGAUUCAAUCAGGCGGCAUCCUUUGGCAGCCGUUGACGCGUACGGCCUGGGUAUUUUUAUUUUUGAAGUAUUUAAUGGCCAUUUUUCUGGCGGUGAUCAGGUCGGCAAGACGACCAACAUUCCUCCUGCCAUGCAGCAGAGCUACAAGCGUCUUUGCACGGCUAAUCCGAAGUUGCGACUCAGCCCUGCGCAUUUUGUUGAGCAGGGGAAGAAGCAGGGCGGGUUCUUCCAGACACCUUUGAUUCGCUUGACAGAUGAUAUGGAGAGUUUAGGUCUCAAGAGUGAUGCGGAGAGAGAGGAAUUCAUCAAUGAACUUGAUAAUCUUUCUGACGACUUCCCCGAGGAUUUCUUCAAAAUGAAGGUAUUGCCUGAAUUGCUCAAGUCAGUCGAGUUUGGCGGUGGUGGGCCAAAAGUUCUCAGCGCUACUUUGAAGAUUGGCGGCAAACUAUCAGCAGACGAGUUUAAUGCCAAGCUGACCCCGGUGGUUGUUCGCUUGUUUGGCAACCCUGAUCGGGCUUUGCGUGUGUGUCUUUUGGACAAUCUGCCUUUGAUGAUCGACAAUCUCUCGCAAAAGGUCGUCACCGACAAGAUCUUCCCUCCAAUGACCUCUGGCUUUACCGAUGCCGCUCCUGUUGUCCGAGAGCAGACUGUCAAGGCUGUCUUGACGGUCAUCAAUAAGCUCAGUGAUCGAGUUAUUAAUGGAGAACUUCUCAAGUUCCUGGCGCGUACUGCGAAUGAUGAGCAACCUGGUAUCCGUACCAACACAACCAUCUGUCUUGGCCGAAUUGCCAAGAAUCUGGGGCAAAGCACUCGCUCGAAGGUUCUCAUUGCUGCAUUCACGAGAGCUAUCAGAGAUCCCUUUGUGCAUGCUCGUUGUGCCGGACUUCUCGCCUUGUCAGCGACCAUCGAUUUCUUCACCGAAGAAGACUGUGCUGUAAAAAUCCUGCCUGCCAUUUGUCCGGCACUUUUGGACAAGGAAAAGCUCCUCCGAGACCAAGCAAACAAGACACUCGAUCUAUAUCUCCAGCGAAUCCGAAAAUUCGGCAACACUAUGGCAGACUCGGUGAUACCACCGGCCGCCGCUGCCGAACCAAACAAGUCCGAUGCGCGCAUCGGCACUUCAAACGACAAGUCUUGGGCCGGAUGGGCCAUAUCCUCAUUCACCAACAAGAUGUCAGCUGCCGACGGUGAAAUCCAGCCGACAGCCGGCACAAAACCCGUCGAAGCAGAUAUCCCCCGCCCCGCCUCAGUCCCUCGCCCGGCUAAAUCAUCCCCCUCUGCUCAAUUAGGACUUCCCAAAGAAAUAUCACGUCCCGUCGCACACCCACUGAGCCGUUCACAAUCCGAACGGCCGGUCCCAAUCCUCCAUGAGGAGCAACCAGAAGACGACGGGGACGAGGUCUUUGACGCCUGGGGCGCCAUGGACGACGACGAAAACGACGACGACCCCUUUACCGCAGCCGUAGCAUCUCCCAACCUCUCGUCUCCUGAUCCCUCUGCAAAAUCGCCCGCCGUGCCAUAUGACGAUGGCGGUGAACCUGAUUUCGCCGCCUGGUUGGCUGCUAAGAACUCCACCAAGGCAAAGAAUCCCCUGCCCAAGGGCCUGGGUAAGUCUGCGUCUACUACUUCUGCGCCUACGAGGAGUACGGUGGCGAAACCGAAGACGGUGACACCGAAGAAGAUUGAUACGAAGCCGAAGGAUGAGGAUGUUGAUGAUGGUUGGGGUGAUGCUUGGGAUUAG